AUGGCUUCAUUCCUCGUCAAAGACGUUCGAAUUUUCGACGGCGAUGCGGUCAUUGAUCGCGGAUCGGUGCUCGUUAAAGAUGGAAAAAUCGCCAAAGUGUCCACAACCCCCAUCGACUUUGACGGAAAGAUCGUAUCGAAACCAGGACACACUCUACUUCCUGGGUUGAUCGAUGCCCAUGUCCACAUCGAUUUCGGGAGCGAAUCCGGACUCGCUCAAGGCCUGCGAUUUGGCGUCACAACACAAUGCGAUAUGGGUAACGCACCGUUCCAGAUCCAUCAGUUGCGGGCGUUGGUCAGUAAAGGUGAUUGCUCGGAUCUGAAAGCAGCUAUGAAGUCGGCUACGCCUGAGGGAGGUUGGCCUGCACCCUUACUCGAGAAAGCCGGCGUUGUGCUUCCACCGGAUGAGAAUACCCUGCAAACCGUGGAAGAAGGACACAACUUUGUACGAGAUCAGGUCAAAGAUGGUGCAGACUACAUCAAGAUUCUCCACGAAUCCGGCGCCCCUUUUGCUAUGGAUUUGCCGAGAAUGCCCACCAGCGUGGUCAAUGCAAUCACAGACGAAGCACAUACCGCAGGUCUCACUACCCUGGCUCAUGCAUUCACGAUCCGCGACACCUUAGAAGUUCUUUCGUUGGGAGUCGACGGUACUGCCCACGUGGCGUUCGACAAACCACCAACAAAUGAGCUCAUCGAAGCUUUUCGCAAGAAUGACAGUUUCUGCAUACCUACUUUAACGGUCAUCGGAAGCUGCACCGCGGAAAGCCGCAGUAUGCAGGAGGGCUACGCCCAUGAUGCGCGGGUCAAGAGAUUACUUGUGGAAGGAGGGCAAGAGAAGCUGUGCCAGUGUUCUGCAAUGACGAGUGCGAACGAUGGUAGCCUAAGAAAUGGUGUCGAGACUGUGAGGAGACUGAAGGAUGCAGGAAUUGACAUAAUCUGCGGUACCGAUUCCACUGGACUCGCCCCUGGAACCGCCUAUGGACUUUCUCUACACCAAGAACUCGAGCUAUACGUGAAAGAAUGCGGAUUCUCGCCCAUCGAAGCAUUACGUUCUGCAACCAGCUUGCCCGCAAAACGACUGAAGUUUCCAGAUCGAGGUUGGAUUCGAGAAGGAAUGCGUGCAGAUCUUGUGUUGGUGGAGGGAAAUCCCAUUGAGGACAUCCACCAUACACUAGAAUUGAGGGGUGCAUGGGUUGCUGGUGAGCUGUGCGCGUACUAUGAAGAUCGGCUAUGA